AUGAACAAGGCGUUGCCGGCACUGCUCCUCUACCUUCUUAUGUUUCGCAUAGCGACCGCAUCCUGGUCCCACAACUGCGGAGUUUGCCAACAGUCAUGUCAAGCAAGCUGCACCGUUGGAACAUGUGAUUGUGUGCAGAUCUGCGCACCUAUUUGUAAUGUAGGACAGCUUAAGGUUCCCCAAUUUCAAUUUGGAAUUCCUCAAGCUGCUCAGUUUGUUACUGUCCCACAAAUAUUGCCAGCUCCACAAAUUGUUCAAGCUCCUCAGUGUGUUGCGGCAUGCCAACCAAAUGCGGUAACAUUUGUAGAACAACUUCUUGUGUACAAUCCUGUGGAAGCCAAUGCCAAGCAUCUUGUUCGAAAUGUCAAGGAGGAUACUGUGGCUUACAAAUUCAACAGAUUCCCUGCUACUCCUCUUCUGCUGGAUGUGCCUGCUCAAGUGGUUUUUCCCUGUGUGGCGAUGGUGCUUGCUGCAAGUAUUGAAUACUAG